AUCCAAUUCAACCCCACGAAUGCAGCGAGGAAUAACCCCAACAUCUCAGAGGGAUGGAAGGAAAGAGGAACGAAGACAGGCUAGUUCUUUCUUGAUUUCUUGUCAGUAUUUUAGAAACUCUGUAACAAGUACUCGUUCUUCUUCACUCUGAUCAUUACAUAGCCAAAAACCCAGAUGUAGCUUCCGCUUCUUCAGAAAAAAUGGAGGAAGUUGUGGCUUGACAACGAAAAUCCUUUAACUUCUUCGGGAAAAAAUGACAAGAUGGAGAUGAUAGAUAUAACAGAUGAAUCCGAAGAAGGCUGCUAUGAGUUUGUUUUGAACCUUACCAUCAACGAGGCCAAGAUCAUCAACAAUACCACCACCACCAGUUCCUCAUCAGUUGCUGCAUAUAACUGGAUACCUUACCAGAUUUACUAUGUGGUUGCCUGGAUUUCACCGGAAAAUAUUAUAGAGACUCCUCUUAAGGUUGCCGCUCCAAAUCCUUCAUGGGACUUGAGCUAUGACAUUCUAGUUGAUGAACCCAUCUCUAUUGCAUCCUUAAAGCUGGAAGUUGUAAGGGUUGGUUUCCAAGGUGAAAUUGGAACUUCGACAGGCCAGGUUGUCGUGGGUAGAGCUCAGAUCCCCUUAUCAAAAACCUUGAAAAAAAGAGUCCGAGGAUUUAUCGAUCUAGUGAAGUUUGAUGGAACUGAGUGUUGCUUCCAAGGAUCGAUUGAAGUCUACCUGGAACUGGAAAACAGAAGGCAGCCACGGUCGCCACCACCACCCAUGUAUAGGUCACUGCAGCUAGCAGAAACAGGUAUUGAGGGCAUUAGGGAAAUCAUUGAAAUUAUUGAGGAGCCUCAGGACUAUAUCCAAGGAGAUGAUAGGAUGAGAAGGAGAAGGAGAGGUCCAAAGAAUUGAACCAGCUUCUGCAAGUUCAUCGAUCAAUACCGUUUCUAGAAAUUCAAGAACAUGCAUGAGUUGGUUAAUUUUUAACUUCAUUAAUUUCAGUUAUGUACUUAACUACCCUGUUAUAUAGCUGCAAGAGUUUUUGUUAACUUCAUUAAUAAUUUCAGUUUUGUUUGUGCAUGCAUGAGUUGUCAUGACAUUAUUAAUAGUAUGUAGUACUUGAGGGA